AAUAGAUCAAUGAUAAUGACAUUCUCGAAUAUGAGAAUCAGACGAAGGCAACGCUAAAUUGAGUUGAUGGGACGCCUAUUUCUGUUACCUUCAUUAAGCCCGUUAACACCGAACCACCGCAUGGGCAGGUUGUACAGACGACCCCCUCACUUGUCUGACUCCUAUUACCUGGCUUCAUCUAUAAACUUGGCACCUUUGUCGAGAUGGGCAAGUUCGUAUUCAUCGACUAAUCAAUCAAAAUGCCGUCGAUUUCAUCCGUCGAAGCCGUCUUGUCUGCUGCCGAGAAGGAUAGCUCCAAGCUUCUUGGGCUGGCAUUUGGCGAGCAACGCAUCACGACGCCUGGGCAAUACCUUCCUAGAAGUGAUGCACAGAAAGAGCCCCAGAUUUCCUUUAACGUAUCUUCUGGCACCUAUAUUGUUAUCAGUCUGGACCUCGAUGCUCCAUUUCCAUCACUCGGCUUCCUAGGACCCAUCCUACACUGGAUCCAUCCGGGAUUUAGGCCGUCAACGAAGACCACUGUCACGGGCGAGACCAUCUUGACAACAUCUGCCCCUUUUGUUGCGAACUAUAUCGGGCCUGCGCCUCCACCAGGCAGCGCGCCGCACCGAUAUGUUUUCUUGCUGUACGAGCAGCCAGACGGCUUCAAUAUCGAGAGGCAUGCUCCAAAGAAUGGGAAGCCCGUUGGUAACUGGCAGAGGAUAAGGUAUGAUCUGGACGCAUUCGCAAAGGAAGUGAACCUGGGACCAGUUUUGGCGGCGAACUAUUUCCGCAGCAACUGAGAUUGGAUCAUUUUGUUUGAUGCAGAACUGAGAUAAUCAUAAUAUUUAUUGCCAUAGCAGUUCCUAGGCUGUC